AUGGCUCUAAGUGGCAACUGCAGGACUUACCUCCCUGCUCGAGAGCAGGGGACUGGGCUGCAAUCCUUCCCGGAGGUUGUGGAGCUAAACGUGGGUGGCCAGGUUUACUUCACUCGCCACUCCACCUUGGUUGGCACCCCUCACUCCCUGCUGUGGAAAAUGUUCACCCCAAAAAGAGACACAGCCAACGAUCUGGCCAAGGAUUCCAAGGGAAGAUUCUUCAUUGACAGAGAUGGUUUCCUUUUCCGCUAUAUUCUGGACUAUCUCAGGGACAAGCAAGUUGUUCUACCCGACCACUUUCCAGAAAAGGGAAGGCUCAAGAGGGAGGCUGAGUACUUCCAGCUCCCGGACUUGGUCAAACUCCUGACUCCUGAUGACAGCAAGCAAAGCCCCGAUGAUUAUUGCCACAGUGACUACGAAGAGGUCUCCCAAGGCAGUGACACGAGAAUAUGCCCCCCCUCAUCUCUCUUACCAUCAGAUCGAAAGUGGGGAUUCAUUACCAUUGGGUACCGGGGCUCAUGCACUAUUGGCAGGGAGAGCCAAGCAGAUGCCAAAUUCAGGAGGGUCCCAAGGAUUUUGGUUUGCGGAAGGAUCGCUCUGGUCAAAGAGGUCUUUGGAGAAAGUUUGAAUGAAAGCAGAGAUCCAGACAGAGCUCCAGAAAGGUACACCUCCAGGUUUUAUCUCAAGUUCAAGCACCUGGAGAGGGCUUUUGACAUGUUAUCUGAGUGUGGAUUCCACAUGGUGGCCUGCAACUCCUCUGUGACGGCGUCCUUUGUCAAUCAGUACACUGAUGACAAGGUCUGGUCCAGCUACACUGAAUAUGUCUUCUACCGUGAGCCAUCCCGCUGGGCCUCGUCCCACUGCGACUGCUGCUGCAAGAACGGCAAAGGCGAGAAGGAGGGCGAGAGCGGCACGUCCUGCAACGAGCUGUCGACGUCCAGCUGUGACAGCCAGUCGGAGGGCAGCUCCCCGCAGGAGACCGUCAUCUGCGGCCCCGUCACGCGACAGCCCAACAUCCAGACGCUGGACCGCCCGGCCAAGAAGGGCCCCGUGCUGCUGCUGCAGCACUCCGAGAGCCGGCGCAAGAGCGACCUGCUGCGGACGCUCACCUCGGGCUCCCGCGAGUCCACCGCCAGCAAGAAGAAGGCGGUGAAGGAGAAGCUCUCCAUCGAGGAGGAGCUGGAGAAGUGCAUCCAGGAUUUCCUCAAGAUCAAAAUCCCAGACAGGUUUCCGGAAAGAAAGCAUCCCUGGCAGUCGGAACUGCUGCGGAAGUACCACCUAUAGGUGGGCUAGUACCCCACUGCCGUUACAGUGGGUACGGAGCGAUACGGAAAUAAUUCCCGAUAGUAAUUAUGUGUUAGGUCACAAAAAAAACAAUCCAUCUCUAUAGUACUGCCUAAUUUGCCUAUCUCACCUUAACAUUUCUAGUCGUAGGGUAACGAUAUUUUUCCAGUUGUGGAAGCACAAUGACAAAUGUUUUUCUUUGUCAACUCUGAGUCUUACACAAGCAGAGUACCUUAAGGGCACACAGGGCCGGCAGCGCGCGCUGCUUUGCUCUCGGGGGGGUGUGCAGCUCCGUGCCCACGGGCAGCAGGGCCGUGGGAGCACUGUGCAGGGACAGCAUUGCCUUCAGCACCUGGGUGUGGGUGUGCACAUAUAUAUAUAUGUGUGUAUAUACAUCUCCGUGUAUAUAUGUAUGUAUAUAUAUAUCGGUAUACAUUGCUGACAGAUUGCCUGGCUCCCUCCUGAUCGCUGCAGUUUCUCAGCACUGGUAGCAGCUGUGGAUGGUCGGCUCUUUGCCGUCUCUGAGGGCUGCAGCAGAACCCCUCGCUCUGUCUUUCUCUCUCCUUUCCCUUUUCCGAGGCACCGUGAAUGCAUUUCACUGCAGACAGGGACAGGGCUCUCUGUUGCUGUGUUCCAUGUGUUUCUGGUGCUCUCUCUCCAUCAUCCCUCGCCCUCGCUGUGCCCCCAGGCUGUGUGGUGGCCCUGGGCUCAGCCCAUGCUGGUGGCGGGGCAGGCGCAGUGGGCUCCCAGCUGGUGCGGAAGCAAAUACUGGAGAUGAUCGGCCUGAUGAGAUGUGCUUAAUGCUCUGACUGGCAGGGAACGGGUCUCUGGGUCAGCAGCAGUGCUGUGCCAGCUGUGUGCAUUCCAGAGAACUGGAAAUGAACCACACGGGGUAUCCCUGGGGCUGCAGUGGGUGCGGGAAUGAACCCCGGGGUGCUCAGAGAAAUUGUUCCUUGUCAGACAGCACAAAAGGAGCGAGACAUACAGAUAUAGGGCUGGCUGGAAUGGGCAGUGUGUCACAGACUUAUUUUGCAUCCUCCAGGCUCCAGAGCUCCUGAAUUUGAGGCCGCUGUGGGAGAUGAUGUCAGUGUGCACAGGUUAUCUCUGCUGAUCCUAAGGCGGUUUCAGUGAGGGGUUCCUCCGUGCUCCCAGGGCUCUGCUGUUCCCCCAUCAGGGAAGGGUUGUUUUGUCAGAAGGAUCGUAAGGGCUGCGUGAACAGGGCUUCUUACCCAUAGUGUGGCUGCAGGUGUCAGCAGGAGGGUAUCGGUGAGGGUGCACGUGGACCUAUGUGGACCAAAUAAUUUUUCCCCUUAUAUUUUUCCCCCAUAUUUUUCCCCUAUAUGCACCACAGAGAUGCUUUACAGCGCUCUGGUGGACAGGCCGUGGGGGAGUCAGUUUGUUCCUCUCAUUGCAAAGCCGUGGGCAGAGAUCAGUGCUGGGCUGCCCGGUGCUGGCAGUGACUGCAGUGGCUGGGACCCCCCCCUGCCCCCAGUGCCCCCCGGUCCAGGAGGGCCCCCCUCCCCUCCCUGCCCCACGGCGCUGCUGCAUGCGGUGUUCUGAGUCCUUGGCGCGUCAGCCCCGUGUGUACCAUGGUACGAACUACUUGUCCAGUCCUAUGGAUAGAUUAUGCCCCCGCGGGGUUUUGUAGAUUAAUAGUAAAA